AUGGAGCAGCAAGAAAAUCAACUGGACAGAGAAAGAUUCUGCUGUUCGAUCUGUCUGGAUCUGCUGAAGGAUCCUGUGACUACUGGCUGUGGACACAGCUACUGUCUGAGCUGUAUUAACACCUACUGGGACAAAGAGGAGGAGAGAGGAAGCUACAACUGCCCUCAGUGUAGACAGACCUUCACACCGAGGCCUGUCCUGGAGAAAAACACCAUGUUAGCUGAUUUAGUGGAGGAGCGGAAGAAGACUGGACUAGCUGCUCCUGCUGAUCACUGCUAUGCUGGACCUGAAGAUGUGGCCUGUGAUGUCUGCCCUGGGAGAAAACGGAAAUCUCUCAAGUCCUGUUUGAAUUGUUUGGCCUCUUAUUGUGAAAAACACCUACAGCAUCAUCUUCAGUCAGCUGCAUUGAAGAAGCACAAGCUGGUGGAGCCCUCGGAGAAGCUCCAGGAGAACAUCUGCUCUCGUCACGACGAGGUGAUGAAGAUGUUCUGCCGCACUGAUCAGCAGUGUAUCUGUUAUAUCUGCUCUGUGGAGGACCAUAAAGACCACGACACAGUGUCAGCUGCAGCAGAAAGGACUGAGAGGCAGAGAGAGCUUGGGCUGAGGAGACAAACAAUCCAGCAGAGAGUCCAGGACACAGAGAAAGACGUGAAGCUUCUUCAACAAGAGGAGGAGGCCAAAAGAAGCUCUGAUGUGGAGCAGCAGAUCAGAUCCCAGCAGGAAACUGAAGUGAGUCGAGUCAGAGAGCUUCAAGAGCGACAGGAGCAGGCGAUCACUGAGCUGAAGAGGAAAGACCAUGAACUGAAGCAGCUCUCAGACACAGAGGAUCACAACCAGCUUCUACACAACUACCCCUCACUGUCACCACUCAGUGAAUCUUCACACUCAUCCAGCAUCAGGAUCCGUCUUCUGAGGGACUUUGAGGACGUGACAGCAGCUGUGUCACAGGUCAGAGGUCGACUACAGGACAUUCUGAGUGGGACAGAGACACAGAUUUUACAGAUUGCGUCACAAGUAGAUGUUUUACUGCGACAACACGAGCCAGAGACCAGAGCUGACUUCUUACAAUAUUCACAGGAAAUUACAAUGGAUCCAAACACAGUACACAGAGGUCUGUUAUUAUCUGAGGGAAACAGAAAAGUAACAUGUUUGAGAGUAGAUCAGUCUUAUUCAUAUAACACAAACAGAUUCACUUAUUGGCAUCAGGUCCUGAGUAGAGAGAGUCUGACUGGACGUUGUUACUGGGAGGUGGAGGUGGAGGUGGUAGAAAAAGUUUGUGUAGCAGUCACAUACAAGAAUAUCAGCAGAGCAGGAGAGUCAGAUGAAUGUGCAUUUGGAUACAAUGAUAAAUCUUGGUUCUUAUAUUGUAAUGUAGACGGUUAUGAAUUUUGUUACAACAACAUCUGGACUCCAGUGUCAGGUCUUGUGUCCUCCAGAGUAGGAGUGUACCUGGAUCACAGAGCAGGUGUUCUGUCCUUCUACACAGUCUCUGACACCAGGACUCUCCUCCACAGAGUCCAGACCACAUUCACUCAGCCGCUCUAUGCUGGAGUUAGGCUUUUUUAUGGAGCCGAAGCUGAGUUCUGUAAACUCAAAUAG